CUUCCGCUUCGCGCUGUGGUAUUUCUGGACAUUGUGACCAUCUUUUAACGCUCGUGCUCUGCCUCUGCAACUUGACUCUUCUCUAGGAAGAGCACUCAGCAGACCAAGAAUAUGGCCCCAGGGCUCCUGACAACCAGGGAUGAGACAUUAAUGGCCUUCAAGGAUGUGGCUGUGGCCUUCACCCAAAAGGAGUGGAAGCUACUGAGUCCUGCUCAGAGGACCCUGUAUCGGGAUGUAAUGCUGGAGAACUACAGCCAUAUGGUGUCGCUGGGAAUUGCCUUUCCUAAACCAAAACUCAUCACACAACUGGAGCAAGGGGAUGAGCCCUGGAGAGAGGAGAGUGAAAGUCUUCUGGACCUUUGUCCAGAACCAGGAACAGAAUUCCAGCCCCAUCUCUCCUGCCCGGUGAGUUUUUCCAGUCCACAGUUCCUCCAUCAAUGUGUGCUCUGCGGUCACUCCCCUCAGAUCUUCCCAGGUUCAUCUGCAGGAAGCCACUUCCUACUAGAAGCUCCAAGCUGCUCGAGUGACAAAGCAGAAGAUGGAGAGAGAGAAGGCUCUUGCACUGUGUUUGGGAGGCUGCAGCUGAGUGGGACUUCAAGGGCAUUCUUCAGCCCAUCUCAAGGUCAGCCAGUAGACCAGGAAGGCAACAGCGGUGGAGGAAUAGAUGAGGAGAUGAUCCCUGAGGAGGCAGAUGCAAUGUUGACAGGGGCAGACAUCUCAGAAUCUGGAGCAGUCAUAUGUGAAAAAUACAGACUAGGACUUAGCACAAAGUCAAGCCUCUUUAGCCCCCAGAAGCUUCAUGUGUGCCCUGAAUGUGGCAGAAGCUUCUACCAGAGGUCAGACCUCAUCAAGCACCAGAGGACACACACAGGGGAGAAGCCCUAUAGUUGUAGGGAGUGUGGGCGAGGCUUUGGCCGGAAGUCCUCCCUCACCAUACACCAGAGGAAACACUCAGGGGAGAAGCCCUACAUGUGUAGGGAGUGUGGGCGACACUUCAGGUAUACAUCCUCCCUAACUAACCAUAAGAGGAUACACUCUGGGGAGAGACCCUUUGUAUGUCAGGAGUGCGGGCGAGGCUUUCGCCAGAAGAUUGCCCUCAUCCUGCACCAGAGGACACACUUGGAGGAGAAGCCUUUUGUGUGUCCAGAGUGUGGAAGAGGCUUUUGCCAGAAGGCAUCACUCCUCCAACACCGUAGCUCACAUUCGGCUGAGAGGCCCUUCUUGUGCCUUGAGUGUGGGCGUGGCUUCAGGCAGCAGUCGCUGCUCCUCAGUCAUCAGGUCACACACUCAGGGGAGAAGCCUUAUGUUUGUGCCGAGUGUGGGCACAGCUUUCGCCAAAAGGUCACUCUCAUCAGACACCAGAGGACACACACAGGGGAGAAGCCUUACAUGUGCUCUGAGUGUGGGCGUGGCUUUAGCCAGAAAGUCUCCCUCAUGGGCCACCAGAGGACACACACAGGGGAGAAGCCUUAUGUGUGCCCUGAGUGUGGGCGUGGUUUUGGUCAGAAGGUCACCCUCAUCAGACACCAGAGGACGCAUACUGGGGAGAAGCCUUAUCUGUGCUCUGAGUGUGGACGUACCUUUGGCUUCAAGUCACUCCUCACCAGACACCAGAGGACACAUUCAGGGGAGGAGGCUGAUGUGUACAGAGUAUGUGAGCAAAGACUUGGUCAGAAGACCCACCUCACCUCUGACCAGAGGACAUACUCAGGAGAAAAGCCAUGUGUGUGUGAUGAGUGUGGACGUGGCUUUGGCUUCAAGUCAGCCCUCAUCAGACACCAGCGGACCCAUUCAGGAGAGAAGCCAUAUGUGUGCAGGGAGUGUGGUCGUGGCUUUAGCCAGAAGUCUCACCUCCACAGACAUAAGAGGACCAAGCCUGGCCAUCACCUGCCACAAGAGCUGUUCUCUUGACGUUUCCUUUCUUUUCCCUAUGAGUGUGUAGAUGGCAGAAAUCACUAGGAAAUGUUCCACUUUCCUUAAAUUCAGUCGAGGAAAAAAGUGUUGCAUUCUUUCAGUGAUCUUAAGAUAGUUGAUUUAUGGUUUACUUCCUGCACUAGCAAUGUGUUUUAAUUUGCUAGGGCUGCCAUAACAAAAUACCACAGACGUGGUGGCUUAAAGAACAGAAGUUUGUUUUUUCAAAGUUCUUGAGACUGGAAGUCCAAGAUCAAUGUGUAGGCAGUUUGGUUUUUACUGAAGUCUCUCCCCUUGGGUUGCAGAUGAUUGCAUUCUUGCUGAGUCCUGAAUGGCCCUUUUUCUGUGUGUGUGCUUCCCUGGUAUCUCUCUUCUUCUGAGGACACCAGCCAUACUGGGUUAGGGAUCCACCCUAUGACCUCAUAAUAUUUACCUUUAAAAGUCACAUUGUAGGUUAUGGCUUCAAUGUAUGAAUUUGGGGGAACAAUUCAGUCUUAACAACUCAGCCCUCUGGACACUGCAGAUUCACUUUCUUCACAUACAAAAUACAUUCACCCCAUCUUAACAGCUGCAAACAUCUUAACCCAUUCCAGUAUCAACUCUAAAUUCAAAA